UCCUCAUAUAUAUUUAUGAAGGGAAUUGUGCAUAAACUUGCCGACUUAAUGACUCUUGCUGGCGGGGAUACGCCUACUAUGAACCAUCUUCAGAGUUGUCUAGGAUCAGCAGUUACUGUUAUAGGGCCAGAGAGAAUAUUGACUCUUUUGCCUAUAACUCUUGAUAUUGAUGGCUUAAUUUAUUCAAACAUAUGGUUGGUACCCAUAUUGAAGGACUACGUUGUUGGAGCAUCUCUCAGCUAUUAUAUGGAGCAUAUAGUGCCGCUUGCUAAAUCAUUCCAGCAAGCAAGUUGUAAAGUAAAAAAGUCUGUAAUUCGUCAAGAUCUGCAGGCUCAUGCUCAUAGCCUAUUGGGAUUACUACCUGCCUUUUGUCACUAUCCAAUUGAUACACACAAGAAGUUCAAAGCUUUGGCUAAACUUAUGAUUGAUACUCUUAAGGAGGACUCACUUAUGAAUGAAAAUAUUGCUCUAGCCAUACAGAUUCUUAUCAAUCAAAACAAAAGUAUUCUUAGAUGUGGAAAGGAUGCUGAUGAGUCGAACAACACCAUAGUGGGCAAUUCAAAAUUAGAGCUCACAAAUCCAGCCUCUUACUCGAAGAAAACUGCAACCAAAAACAUUAAGGCUUUGUCAUUAUGUGCUCCAGAGAUGCUUCAGGCUCUGACUGAUGUAUUUGUUCAGUCACCUCCGGCAAAGCCUUUAUAUCUAAAGGAUGCUAUUGGAUGCUUGGCUUCAAUUACAGACUCUUCUGUUACCAAAAGAAAUUUUGUAUCGUUGGUUGAGAAGCUGCAGUUCAUUGAUGGUGAAGGUGAAUUUGAGAAGCAGCCUGGUAAUGCCAAUGAGUUGAUGAGAAAAGAAGAAAGCAAUCUUAAUACUAUGGGUAAAGAAGCAAGCAGGUGUAUCAUAAUCGACCUGGCAUCUUCUCUGGUUUCAGGAGCAGAGGAGGACCUUAUUGAUUUUAUUUAUGUCUUAAUAAAGCAAACUUUUCAGGAAACCAACGAGAUUGGUCAUCAUGAAGCAUAUUAUGCUUUGAGCAAAAUUUUGGAGGAACAAGCUUGGUUUUGUUCUUCUAGAUUAGAGGAGUUGAUUGAUCUAUUACUUGGACUAAAAUCUCCAGCUGAUAUUGCAUCUCUUAGAAGCCGACUUUAUUAUUUCAACAUUCUAAUGGUUCACACCUUGAAGAUGAGCUCAUUGGAGGAAAAUACAAAGCCUUUUCUUAUUCUUAAUGAGAUUAUAGUUACGUUAAAGGAUGGGAAAGAAGAAACAAGGAAAGCAACUUAUGAUAUACUCCUAAAGAUGAGUUCUACCUUAAGAAAAUCUUCAGAUCUCAACUCUGAUCCACCCUAUCACAAACUGAUUAACAUGAUAAUGGGAUAUCUUUCCGGUUCAUCGCCUCACAUCAAGAGUGGAGCAGUAGCUGCCCUAUCUGUUCUCGUAUAUGAUGAUCCCGAGAUCUGUAUUUCAGUGCCCGAUCUUGUUUCCUCUAUUUUAUCCUUGUUGCAAACUAAAGCUGUGGAAGUUAUAAAAGCUGUUUUGGGUUUUGUAAAAGUCUUGGUUUCUUCCUUGCAAGCUAAUGACCUGCAGAAUUUUCUUUCCGAAAUCAUCAAUGGAGUUCUCCAGUGGUCAUCUAUCUCGAAAAAUCAUUUCAGAUCAAAGGUCAUUAUAAUACUGGAAAUUUUGACAAGGAAAUGUGGUAUUGCUGCUGUUCAAUCAGUUGCUCCAGAAAAGCAUAGGAAUUUUCUGACUACUGUUAUAGAGAACCGACGUGGCAAAUCAACUACCGAAGAAGCUGACGAUAAUGAUGCAGACAAAGUGGAUUCACUAACUGAGGGGUCGCGUAAGAGGAAAGAUGAGGGAUUCGGCACAUUUAAGCAGAAAAAUGAUAAUUUCGAACACCGGAAAAGAAAGAGGGACAAAAGGUAUGGCAGAAAGCGUUCUGAUUCAACUGAACCUGCUGGCAUAUCAGAUAGCCAUGGUGGUGGAAAGAAAACGGCUAAAAGAGCUAAGCACUUUGGAAAACCAAUGAAGGGUCAAUCAGAUGGAUAUGGUAAAAAGAAUUUCGACAAAGGGUUGGGCACCGGCACCGGCAGAGGUCAGAAGAGAAAGUUAAACCAGCCAACUACGAGCCAAAAGCACAAGGCAUCAGCCGGCGACAAACAACAUUCUUUCAAGGCUCGAACUCGACGCAAGAAAUUUAAGGGGGCAAACAAGAAAAGUAAUAAAUGAAAUAUACAAAAUUAGAUUGGUGAAGCAAAG